UGCAAACUAUGCAGAUUCUAAUGCGCGCCAUCUCAAAUUCACCAUUAAAAGACUAUAACUUUUGGUGGUCUCUUUCAGAUACAAAGUAUGCUGGAACUGCAUUAUUUGUGAAGAAGUGUUUCAAUCCAAAGGUCUCUUUCUCUCUUAAUCAAACAGGUUCAAAGCACGAACCUGAUGGCCGGGUUAUUCUAGCUGAAUUUGAAUCCUUUCGUUUGUUAAAUACGUAUGUGCCAAACAAUGGUUGGAAAGAUGAGGAAACCUCAUUUCAGAGGAGAAGGAAAUGGGAUCAGCGAAUGCUAGACUUUGUUUUGCAAAAUUUGGAUAAACCCCUUAUCUGGUGUGGGGACCUUAAUGUAAGCCAUGAAGAGACUGAUGUGAGUCAUCCAGAAUUUUUUAGCUCGGCCAAGCUCAAUGCUUAUACUCCACCAAAUAAAGAGGACUGUGGGCAACCUGGAUUUACAUUGUCUGAGAGGAAGCGUUUUGGUGCGAUAUUAAAGCAGCGAAAACUUCUAGAUGCCUACAGAGUCCUACAUGAGGACAAAGGUAUGGAGCGUGGCUUCUCUUGGUCAGGAAACCUUGUGGGGAAAUAUCGUGGAAAAAGGAUAAGGAUAGACUACUUCAUUGUUUCAGAAACGCUCAAGGACAGAAUUGUUGCAUGCGAGAUGCAUGGAAAGGGGAUCGAGUUACAGGGUUUCUGUGGAAGUGAUCAUUGUCUUGUAUCGCUCAAGCUUUCAGAAACGGACUCCAAUUCAGACCAAUGCUAAGCAUUUGACAUACCGGGAUCAUUGCUACUCUUGUGUUUGUAUUGUCAAACCAUCAAGGCAUCAAUUUAUUUAAGUUGAACUUUCGAUGUAUUUUCAAACACAUUUGUCUGUACAUCAUGACAAUUAGAGACAAAAUCAAUAUAGUUUUAAAUAUCAGUUUUUGUUAAUUUACA